UGGACCAUAAUCAUGGUGGACACGAUGGAGUUACCGAGGUCGCGCAUCAACGCCGGCAUGCUAGCUCAGUUCAUCGACAAGCCUGUCUGCUUCGUAGGGAGGCUGGAAAAGAUUCAUCCCACUGGAAAAAUGUUUAUUCUUUCAGAUGGAGAAGGAAAAAAUGGAACCAUCGAGUUGAUGGAACCCCUUGAUGAAGAAAUCUCUGGAAUUAUGGAAGUGGUUGGAAAAGUAACCGCCAAGGCCACCAUCUUGUGUACAUCUUAUGUCCAAUUUAAAGAAGAUAAUCAUCCUUUUGAUCUUGGACUUUACAAUGAAGCUGUGAAAAUUAUCCAUGAGUUCCCUCAGUUUUAUCCUUUAGGGAUUGUGCAAAAUGAUUGAUCGUGAUGGAUUUUCAUACAAUUGCAAAUGAGCUAUAUUAAAGACUAUUAAAGGAAGCCCCUCUUGUUUGAGGGAGAGAUUUCUGUGCUUUCUCAUAUUUAAUUUACUCUUUUUAAGAUAUUCCAACCUAGAGUUUUUGAUGGAACUGAUGUAUUGACAGUUCUCACCUAAGUCCUUUUAUAAAGAAUUGCUACUCCAAUAUAUGGUCAGAUUAGAUGCAAGAAUAAAGCAGUUGUCUGAGUUUAGGUUUCUAUUUUAUUAAUAAAAACUAAAAUGGUACAUA